CGUUACAAUAAUGGGGAAAUCAGAAAGCCAAAUGGAUAUUGUGGAAAAAUCGACCAAGUCUGGGAGGAAGCCCUGGAGCUUUGUGGCCAUCGGGCUGGCUGUCCUGCUGCUCCUCAUGACCUGUGCUGCCGUCGCCCUGGUGAUCCUCUAUGCCAGCACCAGAGGCUCCCACUACGGCACCAACUCGGGCAGCAUCUGCACCACCCCUGGGUGUGUGACAGCAGCUGCCAGAAUCAUCCAGAACAUGGACCCCACAGCUGACCCAUGCCAGGAUUUCUACCAGUAUGCCUGUGGGGGCUGGCUGAACAGGCAUGUGAUCCCAGAGACCAGCUCCAGAUACAGCAUCUUUGACAUCCUGAGGGACGAGCUGGAGAUCAUCCUCAAAGGUGUGCUGGAGACUUCAGACCAAGGGGACAGAGAAGCAUUUCAGAAAGCCAAAAUCCUUUACAAGUCCUGCAUGAAUGAGAGUCUUAUAGAGCAAAGAGAUUCCCUGCCCCUGCUGGAAGCCCUGAGGAUGGUUGGAGAUUGGCCAGUGGCUUCUGCAGACUGGAGUAGGACCAAAGAGCCAAGCUGGAGCAUGGAGGAAACCCUUUCCAUCAUGAACUCCAGGUUUAACAAACGUGUCCUCAUCGACAUGUUCGUGUGGAAUGAUGACAGGGAUUCCAGCAGACACAUCAUUUAUAUUGACCAGCCAAGUUUGGGGAUGCCAUCCAGGGACUACUACUUUAAUGGGGGCAACUAUCAGAGAGUGAGGGAAGCUUACCUGCAGUUCAUGAUCACCAUCGCCAAAAUGAUCCGUGAGGACAAGAACGUGUCUAGGGAUGAUUCCUUUGUCCAGGAGGAGAUGGCAAAGGUCAUGGAGCUUGAAACAGAGAUUGCAAACGCCACCACCCCAGCAGAGGAAAGGCACGAUGUGACCCUGUUGUACAACAAAAUGACCUUAGCAGAGCUGCAGGAAAAGUUUGCAUUCAAUGAAUUUAACUGGACCUUCUUCAUCCAACGUGUCAUGUCUUCAGUGAGUGUUCAGGUGGACCCAGAGGAGGAGGUGGUUGUGUAUGGGAUGCCUUAUCUGCAAGAGCUGAAAGCAAUUAUCUCCAAGUACUCAGCCAGCACCAUCCAGAACUACCUCAUCUGGCGGCUGGUGAUCGACCGGGUCAGCAGCUUGAGCCGGCGCUUCAAGGACGCUCGGGCCAGCUACAGGAAGGCCCUGUACGGGACGACGCUGGAGGAGGCGCGCUGGCGGGAGUGCGUGAGCUACGUCAACAACAACCUGGAGAACGCGGUGGGAGCCAUGUAUGUCCGGGAGACUUUUGCUGGUGAGAGCAAGAGGAUGGUCCGAGAUUUAAUAGAGAAGAUCCGCGAAGUGUUCGUGGAGACCUUGGAUGAGUUACAGUGGAUGGAUGAGGCAUCCAAGGAGAAAGCUCGUGAGAAGGCUAUGGCAAUCAAAGAACAAAUUGGCUACCCAGAUUACAUUUUGGAAGAUCACAAUGAGAAACUGGACCUGGAAUAUGCCAAUUUAAACUUCAGUGAGCACAGCUACUUUGAAAACAUCCUGGAAAACCUGAGAGCUGGAGCCCAGAAGAGCCUGAAAAAGCUGAGAGAGAGAGUUGACCAAGACAUAUGGAUAAUUGGAGCUGCAGUGGUCAAUGCAUUCUAUUCCCCCAACAGGAACCAGAUAGUUUUUCCUGCCGGGAUUCUCCAGCCCCCCUUCUUCAGCAAGUACCAGCCCCAGGCCCUGAACUUUGGAGGGAUUGGGAUGGUUAUUGGGCACGAGAUCACACAUGGCUUCGAUGACAAUGGAAGGAAUUUUGACAAGGAUGGGAACAUGUUGGACUGGUGGAGCAACUUCUCAGCGCUGCAUUUCAAGGAGCAGUCCCUGUGCAUGGUGCACCAGUAUGGGAAUUACACCUGGGAGCUGGCAGGGGGACAGAACGUCAGUGGCAUAAGCACAUUAGGAGAAAAUAUUGCAGAUAAUGGAGGAGUCCGACAGGCUUAUAAGGCCUAUUUGAAGUGGCUGGAACAGGAAGGCAAGGAGCCAAAGCUGCCUGGACUGAACAUGUCCCACAAACAGCUUUUCUUCCUCAACUUUGCCCAGGUUUGGUGUGGUUCCUACAGACCAGAAUAUGCCAGCCAGUCCAUAAAGACAGAUGUGCACAGCCCUCUGAAGUACAGGGUGAUGGGCUCCCUGCAGAACUUUGAGGCCUUUUCUGAGGUGUUCCACUGCAAGAAGGGCUCGGCCAUGCACCCCGCGGGGACGUGCCGCGUGUGGUAA